GACUCUGUCAGAGAUGCGAAGAGCCGGGUAAUAGGUCAGACCCCUACCCAGUCUAAACUAGGAUUAGAACAGGUCUAAAGUAGGACUGAAAGAGCAGAGCGAGAGAGGGCAGAUCGCUGUAGCUCCUUUUACGCACCGUUUACGCACAGUUUUGCGCAUUUGGAGAUAGCUUCUGGAGAUUUUGCAUUUCCAUAUGGAAACAGGAUAUUUUGUUUUCUGCGAAGGACAACAUAUUACCAAAUGACCAGCAGACUUUGCUCUUUGUUGUGGUAACGAUUAAUCAUUCAGUCCUAAUCACAUUGUUCGACUUGCUCUAGAAAACCAGUCACCGAAGCGAAAACUUAAACGUUAGAGAAACACGAGUUUUUGCAUUGGUUUGUUUGGCCCGACAUGCCACCGCAGAUGGAUUAUUUCUACCACCACGAACCCCGAGCUUCUGCGCUGGGGCUGACCGGGGAGGAUGCACUGGACCCGGGGGCGAUCAGCUGCAUGCUGGUGGGGGAUCCGGCAGUGGGGAAAACCAGCAUGGUGGUCAGCUACACCUCUAAUGGUUACCCUGCAGAGUAUCAGCAGACGGGAUUCGAUGUAUUCUCUGGGCAGGUCCAAGUGGAGGGCUCCCCUGUCAAAGUUCAACUCUUGGACACAGCUGGACAGGAAGAGUUUGAUGAAUUCAGAGCACUUUCCUACAGCCAGACGGAUGUGUUUUUGCUUUGCUUCAGCGUGGUCAACCCAACAUCUUUCCACAACGUUACAAAAAAAUGGGUCCCCGAAAUUCGCGCACACAACCCCACCGCUCCCAUCGUCCUGGUCGGUACCCAAUCGGAUUUACUUCUGGACGUCAACGUUUUGAUCAAUUUGGACAGUUCUAACGUGAGUCCAAUCCUCGACUCCAGAGCGAAAAACAUGGCGGAAAAAAUCAGGGCCACGGACUAUAUUGAAUGCUCGUCUCUCACGCAAAAAAACCUGAAAGAGGCAUUUGAUGCAGCGAUUUUUGCUGCAAUCAAAAACAAAACACGAAAAGGGAAAAAGAGAAGGUUUUCAGACAGGCGUACCAAGGCAUUUUCGAGGUGUAGUUGGAAGAAGUUUUUUUGCUUCAUUUGAACUUUGAACUUUAAGUGCAGAAAUGGACACUUUAUUUAUUCAGAUGUUUUAUUUGUUGACAAAUUUUCAUGGCAAUUUUGAGCAAUUUCACAAAUCAUGAUCUUAAUGGAAGCCAAAGGGAGUGCAGAAUCUGUUUUUCACUUGCUACACUGCAAAAAAUCAGAAACAUCUAAAUUAGUUAAAAUUACUUGAAAUCCAAAAUAUUAAUCUUAAUUAUAAUGUAAUUAAGUUUCUUGAGUUAAGUUAAGCAUAUUUGGCUUAUUUUGUUAAUUGGUUCAUUAUUGCAAGCUAAAUUAUCAGUCAAUUAGUAAAUACUAUUGCGUAAAACAAAAAGAGCAUUAAAAUUUUUGAAUUAUCAAGAUCUAAGAAGUAAAUAUAUUUAAACUAGUCAAAAACUACUCAAAUCAAAAUUAUUCUAGGUUUUCUGUUUUUGCAGUGUACAAGCCAGAGACCGCUUUGAAAUCAUUUAGUUAAAUUAAUUGUCUACACUUACAAAGCCUAAAUACCUUAAGUACCUUUUCCAUUUAUUUCUAAUGGAGUUCCCAUUAUCCAAUCAAGAGAGCAGUGAGUUUAGCUGGAGAAAUCAUGUAAAUGUUGUGAGUUUGCAUGACUUGGUUUAAACAAGAGAGAGAAAGAAAGAAAGAGAAAGCUACAGCAGUGCAGGGCGUUAGCUACUUUGUCUGUUGUCUUCUAUGGUCCAACCAGUUUAAAAACACAAACAGUGGACAAGAGUCAAUGCAAAACAAAACUACACUGCAAAAAAGGAAACAUCAAGUUAAAUUAAGUAGUAUUACCUAGUUUAGGUUAAUGUUUUUGUUUUGGCCCAACAUUUAGUUUGAAUUUUGUUGUAACAAGUCAAAAAAUCUAAGUCAAAAUUACUCUUAUUACUCACAUGCAUUUUUCAUUUUCUUAUUUUGAAAGAAUGCAACAAAUACAUGUGUGUAAAAAAACAGGCUAUAAUAUAUUCAACAAAGUCAAUUAAUCUAAAAAGUGUACUAGUAUUUUCUUGUUUCAUACUAAGUUUCCUGCCAGUGGUGUCAGAAAAUUGCACUUGACAUAAGAAAAAGUUUCUUAUUUCAAUGCCACAUGAAUUAAUCUGAAAGAAAUAAUCUAGGCCUAAUUAGUGCAUCCAAAGUAGUCAAAAAAACUCAAGUAAUUCAUGUAAUUUAAAUUCCUUUUCUGCAAUGUAAUAGCUAACAGCUCUACUAGCCUUUCAUGCAUUUGUGAUUGAAAUAAGAUCAGCUGGCUUGAUGAAGUUGCUGACUGAUUUGGGGUUAGCUUCUCGGUUGGAGCAGGAACCUUCUUGUUUGAGGGGGAAAGGUGAGAGGGGAUCAGGCAUCUUAAGCUUUUUGUCUCAGAUGCCCUCCCAUUAGCAUUUGUAUGUACAGGAAUAGCAGGAGUUCUGUCUUUACUAUGCAAGGCCUUCCCAGUAUCACAGCCGGUCGGCUCCUACACUACAAAAACCGCCACAGCUAAAUUAAUUAAAAUGACUUGGAUUCAGAAUAUUAAUUUUGGGUAUUUGAGUAUUUUUGGUCAGAUAAUUUGCUUACUGACUAAAUAUUGUGAAAAAGAUUAUGAGUUAUGUUGUCAAGUUUUGCAGGCAAUGAAUUAAUGUGGAUAUUUUUUACAGUGCACUACUUAUUCACACUUUUGUACACAUUUAAAAUAUAUGUUAAAAUCAUGUGUUAUCUGUUAAAGGUCCUAUAUUACACAAAAUUUACUCUUGUGAGCUUUAAGCCAUGUUAUAAUGUUACUUCAUCAAAAACAGACCUGGAAUUGUGUUUUGUUUCAUUCUCCAGGUAUGUUUUUGAUGAGGAAACAAUAUUAUAACAUAGAUCAGAAAGACGUGUAAUAUAGGCCCUUUAAUGCACAGAUAUAUCUUGUAUGAUUUGGGCUUUACUGUGAGUCAUUGCCUCUUAUGCUUCUUGUGGAAGUCAUUUCAUUGCAUUUCUGUUGUUUAAACAGACAUUUGUAUUGGUGAAUCAAACUGUAUUCAUUUCACUGCCAAAAAUUAAUAAAUGAUUUAAAUGCAAAACA